GCGGCUGCGGGGCUGACACACGCCUCCAUCCUCCUCUCCCUCGGCAGCCGCUCACACGCGCCUCGCCGCGGGCGGACCGGAGCGGGGGGUGCCGCGGCAGACAAAGCAAAGAUGGCAGGGAUCCUCGCCUGGUUCUGGAACGAGCGGUUCUGGCUGCCGCACAACGUCACCUGGGCGGACCUGCAGAGCACGGAGGAAGCCGCCUUCCCGCAGGCGGAGGACCUCUACCUCGCCUUCCCCCUGGCCUUCUGCAUCUUCAUGAUCCGGCUGCUCUUCGAAAGGUUCAUUGCUAAACCAUGUGCCUUAGGCCUUAAAGUCCAAGCCAAUGGACCACAGAAAGCUCAACCUAAUGCUAUUCUGGAAAAAGUUUUCACAGCUAUUACAAAGCAUCCAGAUGAGAAGAGGCUGGAGGGCCUCUCCAAGCAGCUGGACUGGGAUGUGCGCAGCAUUCAACGUUGGUUUCGACAAAGACGCAACCAGGAAAAGCCCAGCACUCUUAGGAAGUUCUGUGAGAGCAUGUGGAGAUUUACAUUUUACCUUUAUAUAUUUACCUAUGGAGUACGGUUCCUGAAAAAGACACCCUGGCUCUGGAAUACCAGACAGUGCUGGAACGGGUAUCCAUAUCAGCCACUGAUGCCUGACCUUCAUUAUUACUACCUAGUUGAAUUGUCAUUCUACUGGUCCUUAAUGUUUUCUCAAUUCAUUGACGUCAAAAGAAAGGAUUUUGGCAUCAUGUGUACACAUCACAUUUUAGCAGUCACCCUGAUUUCCUUCUCAUAUAUAACCAAUCUGACACGAGUGGGAACUUUGAUCUUUUGUCUCCAUGAUGCGUCUGAUAUUGUUCUAGAGGCUGCCAAAAUGGCAAAUUACUGCAAGUGUCAAAAGCUGAGUGACCUUCUGUUCCUUACAUUUGCCGUUGUCUUCAUUGUCAGUAGGCUUGGCAUAUAUCCCUUAUGGAUAUUAAACACAACAUCGUUUGAACUGUAUGACGCUCUGGGCAAUUUUCCUGCCUUGUGGGUCUUGAAUGUGCUUCUUAUGGUUCUUCAAAUUCUCCACUGUCUUUGGUCUUACCUAAUCAUAAAGACAGCCUACAAAGCUAUUUCAAAGGGCAAGGCUGGGAAGUGGAACCCCUUGCAGGUAGCAAAGGAUUCCCGAAGUGAUGUUGAGUCAAGCUCAGAUGAGGAAGAAACAGUACCUCGCUCAAAGGCCCCGCACAGCACUAUGGCCAGUAAUGGGACCAGCGGUGCCAAUGGGACAAAUGGGUAUCUUACUGGUGGCACUUGCUCAGAGGAGCAUUAAUCCUUGAGUUCAAUCAUGAGACAUGAACAGAAUGAACUGUUUGCUACUGGAAGUAAAUUAUAAGUUGUGAAUGCGGUUUCUUCAUAUAUCUCAGCAUCAGAAAAAAAUAUGAGUAUCAAAGCAUUCUGAUAGCGCACUGCCAUUAUUUCCUGUUUGUGAAUGAAGACAGCACACCAUUCUGUAUACGUAGGCAUGCUGUAUGUGUAUGUAACUGACACAAUGGGAGCAGUAUUUUCACUUGUACUGUCUUGGAAAUAUUAUUUAUUUUGUAUUCUUUUGGGAAGUUCUGGACAAAAGGGAAUAUCCAUUCUUAAACUUUGUAUCUUGGAUUCUCAGUGGUGGAGAGCAUCAUGCUCAGAUCUCUUCUGUCCAUCCCUGAUGCUUUUGCUGAAUCUGCUAUAAGUAAUAGUUGCUUAAUUUGUUACUUACAGUAAGAUAGAGCAUAGCUUUAUAGAUUUUAGAUCAGCUUCACAUAUUUUUGCUAUCUUUGUGUUUUAAAGUACUGGUUUUGAAAUUGCCUAUCAAAUCACAGUGACUGUUCCUCCAACAUAAAAUUUUAAAACACUGGAUCAAUAUUUUAAAUAGUAGGUAAUGUGGUUAAUUAGCAAUUUGGGGAAAAAAUGUGGUAAUUGUGGGAUAUUAUUUUAGCAUAAUUUAAAAUUCAAUUUGGUGGUUAAUUGCAUUAGCAGUAGACUUGAUUUGUUGUGCAAAUACCCAAACGCAUUGAUGUCAACAUUUAGGAUAAACUCAUUCUCACUUUUUUUUGACCUUUCAAUUUUUUACCUGUAUAGAUUUCAGCUUUUUGCAGAGAUUCCGUGUAAAAAGGUAUUUGUUCAAAUGCACCAUUAUGAAUCCAGACCUCACACCUGAAAUUGUCCUUGCACAUUCUCAUAAAUGAGAGCAGGGGUGUAGUGGGAAAAAGAGCACAUGAAAAGUUCAUUGCUUCCUCGGACACAGUUCACUCUAGAUAUUUUUCUUAAAAUUAUUGCCACUCCCUUAGUAAGGUAAAGAAGAGAAGGCAGAAUGCCAUACAUUACUAGAAUUAGUUUAUCUUAAAUGUGUGAAAACUUGACCAAAAUUCACUUAACGUAAUUCACAGCAACUUUUGAUUGCUCAGCAGUAUUUCAUCACCUCUAAUUAAUAAAAUUAAGGGUGUCUGUAAAAUAAUUUUGUACUCCUUUUUUAUUCAGGAUUUACAAACAAUGUCCCAAAGAAGACAAAGUAACACCCAAAGUAAACAUCUUCUUAAACAUUAUAUACAUACUUCUUCCAGUCUCUAGAUCAAAGUUUGAUGUAGGAUGCUAAGGAUCAUACAACUCUUGCAGGACACUUUUCUGUGAUUUGUGACAGCAGUGCCAAAAGUAGGCAAGGUUCUUGGGUAGCAGACUCUAUGCAACCUACUGUUCAACAGUGCUGUGUGUGCACACAGAACCAAUGUGCUUGUAGACCAAAGACUUACAUAUAUAUAUAUUUUAAAAAAAAAAGUUUAAAAAAAAAGAAGGAAGAAACAAACCAGGAAAAAAAAAUCCUAAGUGUGUCUUCUGUAUUCAAAGGGUUUGGAGUGCUGUGUUCAGCUGGAACUCUGAGCCAGGAAGUCUUUCUGAUUCCUUCCACCUAUGCAAAUAGCAAAAUAUACAUGGCUUCUGAUGCCAUAAAACAUGUUUAAAGACUCUAUUUUAUACAGACUCCAGUGGAGAAAGUUGUGUUGUCACUUCUUUCUUUUGAAAACAGAUUUGUCCUAUUCCACUGGUCACUCUUGAAAACUUCUGAAACCUUUAUUAUCCGUAAAGAUUCUUGUGUGUUACCAAAAAAAAUGUGCUAAAAAAAGUUGAAAAUAAAGGUAAGAAAACUGGAAAAUUAUAAAUCCUGGAAGAAGAUCUAUCAGUUUUACUACCUACAGAGCAUCUUUUGAAAAAGUCAGGUAACCUUGUCAGGUAAGCUGCAGCUUAUAUGUCCAUGAGUAUAUCUGAGGGAGCAAGGGAGACUUAUUUAAAUCUCUGUCUCCCCCAAAAGUUUCUCUGCCUCUAAUUUUUCUCUUCUGUCUCCUGUGCAUUUGAUUUCAUAACCAACAGGGCAGGUUAUACAUGUGAAAAUAUACCAACUGCAAUAGAAAGAAGCCCACCCAUGGUGUUUGAAGUCACAGCUGUGUAGUAAUUACUGUCAAGAUAAUACCAAGAUUUUAAAAUAAAAUCAUCCUGGGAUAUAUUAAAUGAACAUUAUAAUUUGUGAAAUCUGACCUGCUAAUAUGGUAAUUGAGAAUAUCAGUUUAAACACACCCCUUCCAUGGUGUUGAUUACUACCUCCACUGCAUAGAUGGUUACAAAAAUGGCAUUCUGGCACAAUACUUUGUCUUACAUGAGAAUAUUGCUCUGAAUCAUCAACAUGCACAACAUAGACAACAUACUGCUGUGUUGGUGAUACCAGAGCAGAGAGCAGUUCCCAACAACAAUCCUUGUGCAAGAGGCCUUCAGUCUCUGUUGGUCCUCCCCAGCAAUGCUCUGUAGUGUUGAUUCAGAUUUACAGUCAAGGCUACAACCCUUGAGAUGAUUUACCAUCACUGUCUACAUAUGCUUUUAGUGUACCAUAGAAUCAUAGAAUGUUAAGGGUUGGAAGGGAUCUUAAAGAUUAUCUAGUCCCAACACACUCUGCCAUGGGCAGGGACACCUUACAUUCGACCAGGUUGCUCAUGUCCUUGUCCAGCCUGGCUUUAUCCAACUGCCAGGGUUGGGGCAUCCACAGCCUCCCUGGGCAACUUGUUCCAGUGUCUAACCACUCUCACAAUAAAGAAUUUCUUCCUAAUA